GGAUAAUCCUAUUGAUAUCGGAGUUGUUUUUUGGCAUACAAUGGCCAUAUCUCAGAUUAUAAUAGAAUUCAUAUUUUUCGGGUAUAAAUGGUGGAUGAAACACCCCCCCCCCCCUCCCCCGGAAAAGCUAGAUAGCUAGGCAGAGUCAUAUUUUGCAAGCACACUGAGAAACUAGGAGAAACCCUGUCGCCAUCCAGAAAUCCGAUUGGCUUGCAAUGCAAGGCGUUGAAAUAUCUGCGGCAAUGCUGAAUAAGAAUCAUGAUGUGCGAAGAUCUACAGCGACCUCCUCAGGGAACGGGUGCACUUCCAGUCAAAUGCGGGGAGCUCCAAGUAUGAUGAUCAUAUCCACCGUCAGAAAGAGCGACAAUACCAAGCCCAAUAUUUUCAUGGGCUUUGAAGGAACGUCGAAGAAUAUCAAGUUGAUGAAGGUGUUCCCGAACGUUGAAGAGAGCAUCAGCGGGCGGACUGAGAGCAAGCGAGUCCGCUCCGCUCGUCUAGCUCCUGACCUUUUUCACACUUCGAGAGCGGCUUUGAGACUCCUCACGUUCAAAGUCACUGUCGCCGAUAAAUUGGCAAUCAAGUAGUAACCCUUUCUAUCCAAUACGCCACGUUAUAGAAGCAAGGACUCCUGUGCCUCCCUACAAUAACUACUCAGUACGUUGUGGCAGGCAGUGUCUGAGCGGCAAGAAAAUCCCAGUGAAAAAUACUACCUUCACGGCAAGCCAAAACAUCAAUGAAGAACGGAAUGUGAUAGCUAUGAACGGACGGAGGAGGGGCCAAGUAAUGUACAAGUACAUGUAUGUACAAGACUCUAGCUGGGCAAUGAUAAAAAUGCGGAAAGAGAUACACAAGGUGGAGUUCGUGGGCACUUUCU